AUGUUCUUAAAUAGAUGUCCAGAUGAUGAUAUCGAAAUUGCUUUAACAUCUAAAGGUUUAAAAUACAAAGGAAAAAAUGAACCUUACACAAAUUUGAUGCAACUAGACGAAUGUACAAUGGACGUAUCACUGGUAGUAAACAACCAAAAACUAAAUGCCCACAAAAAUGUCUUAGCUUCAAAUAGUGUUUAUUUUGAUAGAAUGUUUGACAGUUAUUUCAAAGAACGGCUCCAAGAUAAAAUAGAAAUAAAUAUAAAUGAUGAUCUGUUGACUAGUUCCAGUAUUUUUUUACUAGAUGAAGUCGAAACUGCAUGUGUAAACUACAUAAAAAACUUAAUUGACGCGGAAAAUUGCAUAAAUAUGAAAGAUUAUGCUAAUGCUCUAGGAUUAAAUGAUCUGUAUUAUAUAUGCAUAUCAUAUAUAAUAAAAAAUUUCGGGUAA